AGGUCCCGAACCGGGACCGCGUUGGCAGCAAGAGCUCUCCCUAGGACGCAGCCGUCCAGAAAUCGAGGGAGAGCAACUAAGAUCUGCCGAAAGGCGUGGCACCAGCGUGCCCGGUGAGGUUGGUGAGCCCACCACAACGCCGCGUGUUGAGGAUCAAAGGCUCGCCAAAGCGAUGCAUAAAAAAUUGAAAAUCAUCUUAAAAGGAAGGAUCCAACAUUACGCCGCAGCGCUAAAAGGAACCUCAUCACCUCGCCUCUCAAAAAACAAUAGCUGCAGGAAAAUUCUCUCCGGGGAACACGAAAGUGUAAAUAUAAAGAAAAAGGCUGUGAUAAGACUUUUUGUAUUAAAAAAUACUGAACUACGCGCCGAACACCGUAAAUAUAACGAGUAG